AUGAAUCUGGUCAAACACAUCGCCGAAGGUCUGCCAACCAUUGACACGUCGGCAUUGGAUGCGCAGAUCAAGCAGCUGGAGGAGCGGUGUGAGGAUGCUGAGGUGAAGCUUGCGACUAGCCAGCAGCAAUUAGAGUCCGCUUCUGCCGAGCUUGAAGUCCUGGAGAUGGAACUGAAAGUUGCAAGGCACGCAAAUCAAGCAAGCGAGGAGAAGAUCUUGCAGCUGGAAGAUCUUUCCACCCAGUUGCAGGAACAGAAUCUGGGCUUCAUCAAGACUUUUGAGGAGCAGCUGGAGCAUGCAAGAAAAGACAUCAGACAAGAGGUAACAGAUCAAUACCAGGGGGCCUUGGACAAUCAAGCGAAAAAGUUGCACGAGGCUGAAAGCCAUGUCAGAAGACUGGAAGGUCAGCUUCGGGUCACUCUGGACAAGAUCAAAGACCUGGAAGCUGGAGUCCGUCAAGAGCGCAGCAACGCUCGUAGGAGUGAGGCAGCACUGGCUGGCGAGCAUGCCAAGAUCGAGGAGAUGUCAUCGAAGUUGCACUGGCAGGCGGCGCGGCUCAGACAAUUGGAGUUCUACGCCAACACGUGGCAACGGAAAGUCCACGAGCUGGCUGAGUCCAAUGCCAUUCGAGUUCUCACUGAGCCUGCAAACAUGCAUUCGUUUCGAGUUUCGAAUUUCUCCGAGAAGAUGAGGUGGCCGAAAGGACGCAUGGUGCAGAGCCCUGAAUUCAACAUACCGGAGUUGGGAGAAACUCAGCUUGAGUUCUUCCCGGCUGGGGAGAUAAAUUCUCGGCCCGGCUGGUGCUCAGUAAGGCUUCGUGUACCCGACGGAUCUCGCAUGCGCUGGCGGGUAACUGUGGGCAACAAGGAAUUCGAUCCGCGGGAAGACCACUAUGAUGCACGCCAGUGGUGGAACAGAUAUGGCAUCCAGUGCCUGAACUUUUGCCAGGCCGACGAUCUUUUGGCAGAGGUCCUGCCCGAAUCGGACUCGGUAGUGCUAGGUGUGCAGGUUCUGGAGAUUUUUUCGACCGCUGUUGUUCCCGCAGCCCCUGUGGUCCCUGUGGACGUCGAUCGUGAGGAGGCGAAGCCUGCGAGGCCCGGCACCGCCCCACAGCGUCAUGCUGAGAGUCCUCGGAGACUCUCGAAUGCCAGCCAGGUGCCACCUCCCGCCAUCAGCAGCAUCAAGGAGGCACCUGUUGCCCGAUCGCAGCCGCAGCUUCCAAAGCCUGCGUAUGCUUUUGCCGCCGGUACUGCUUCCGCUGCUGCUGCGGCUGCAGCUUUCGUGGUGAAGAGUGGCAACUUGCCACCUGCUGUGGCUGCCAGCCGAGGGCUUCACAGGCAGCGCAGCUUCGGUGCCCUCCGAGCAAACAAAGUGCUGUGA